AUGAAAGCCUUUCACAAGGUUUUUCAUGUGUCGAUGCUGAGGAAGUGUCUUCACCCUACAGAGGAGUUAGUGGCUAGGAUUCCAGAGGAUCUUCAGCCAGAUUUGACAGUGCCGGCAGUGCCUAUGAGGAUUUUAGAGAGGAGGGAAAAGGUUCUGAGGAACAAGAGGAUUCCCUUACUGAGGAUUUUGUGGGAUUGCAGUGGUUCUACAGAGGAGACUUGGGAGCCAGAGGCAAAGAUGAAGUUGAAGUUCAGGAAGUGGUUCGACAAGCAGGUCGAGGAGUGA